GCCUGUAAUAAGACUUAAUAAAACUAAAUAAAUGCUGAGAGCCUAAGUAUUUAUUUUUUUCAGGUUUUCAGUUUUCGGUCAAGGUUUGGCCUAGUAUCAAUAGGCCACCGCCGAAUUGGAUCCCAUUCACAGGGGAAAAAAAAUAGAGAUGUUUAACAAGAUGAAUUGGUCGCUCCUUGUCGUGUUUUUUGCAUUCGGGGCUGUCAUCCCCGCCGUGGCCGGCGAACUUGGCGAUAUCCACAGCUCCGACCUAUACUGGGUGAACCGCAAGGCGGAAGCUAUGGACUAUGCCAUGAAAGCCUUCACCAAACAUCCCGAACACGUCACCCGUAAUAUCACUGCAGAGGUCCAUAGCAUGAGGCAUGAAACAAUGGCGUUUGAGGAUGAUAGGGAGGUGGUCAACGGUACAAGGAGGCACUUGAGGGGGAAGAAGUUCAAAGGGCCAUGCAAGGCCUUAAACCCCAUUGAUAGAUGCUGGAGGUGCGACAAGGAUUGGGUGAAAAACCGCAAGAGAAUGGCGGACUGCGCCCUGGGAUUCGGCGCCGGAACCACCGGAGGAAAGGACGGGCCGUACUACGUCGUGACGGAUUCGUCGGACAACGAAAUGGAGGAGCCGAAGCCGGGGACACUCCGGCACGCCGUCAUCCAGGACGGGCCGCUGUGGAUCAUAUUCUCCGCCAGCAUGACGAUCACGCUGCAGCACGAGCUAUUAGUGACUAGCGACAAGACCAUUGACGGCCGCGGCGCGUACGUCAAGAUCGUCGGCGGCGCCGGCUUCACGGUGCAGUUUGUCAAGAACGUCAUCAUCACAAACCUAAAGAUCAAGCGCAUCAAAGCCACCUCCGGUGGCAUAAUCAGAGACUCCGCUACCCACAAAGGUCUCAGGACUUUCGACGAAGGAGACGGCAUUACUAUCUUCGGAUCCUCCAACGUUUGGAUCGACCAUCUCUCCAUGUCCAGGUGCGAAGACGGAAUUAUAGACGCCGUUAAGGGCUCCACCGCCGUCACCAUCUCCAAUUGCCACUUCACCGAUCACUCUAAGGUGUUACUCUUUGGGGCGAACAAUUGGGACCCAAUCGACAAGGUGAUGCAAAUAACGGUGGCCUUCAACCACUUCGGCAAAAGGUUGGAGCAGAGGAUGCCGCGGUGCAGGUGGGGAUUGUUUCACAUAAUAAACAACGACUACACACACUGGGAAAUGUACGCUGUCGGAGGUUCAGCCGGCUCCACCAUAAUCAGCCAGGGCAACCGCUACAUUGCCCCGCCGGGUCCGUCGUACUUCAAGGAGAUAACCCACAGGGACUGGCCCAACGAUGAGUGGAAGGGGUGGACAUGGGUGUCGGAUCGUGAUGAAUUCGUGAACGACGCUUUCUUCACGCCGUCCGGAGAUCCGCAAGGUGCCGUGAAGUACGGCCGUCUCGACCUCCUCGACCCAAUGCCGAGCUCUCAUGCCGGUAAAAUCACUAGGUUCGCCGGUGCUCUUUCAUGCAAGUACGGAAAACCCUGCUAAAUACAGUCCGACCACAAUUCAUUUUUAAUUUUUUUUUGUUGCUGAUAUUAGUUAUUAGUAAUUUUUUGUUACUUGUCAAUUUUCAAUUUUUGUAUGACGAACCAUUUUGGAUUUGGAAAUAGAUCUCAAAGUGUUUGGUUCAAAUUA